AAUUGGUCAAAAAUAGAGAGAGAAAGAGAAUAUGAAAUUCAAUUAAAAUUAGGGUUCACCACUUUCCUUCCUUCCCAUCAGAUAAUCGCCAUUGCUACCCAGCUACGAAGAAAUUCCGAUCCAACAACGCCACUCAAUCCUUUCCAGCGCUUCGUUUAAGUGUUGGGACUUGGUAUGAAGGUGGAGAUCAAUGGCUAACCAUGCAGGAAAAGGAGUCCCCUCAAAUGGGUCUGUGUAUGUUUGCAAUUUGCCUGAUGGGGUUGAUGAAAAUAUGGUGGCUGAAUUUUUUGGGACCAUUGGGUUGCUUAAGGUAUGGAGUUUGAUCAGAAAGACAAGCGGACUGGUAGACCGAAAAUAUGGUUUUAUCGAGAUAAGGUGACAAAUGAGCCAAAAGGAGAUGCUACUGUUACUUAUGAGGAUCCACAUGCUGCUAUUGCUGCUGUUGAGUGGUUUAACAAUAAGGAUUUUCAUGGUAGUAUUAUCGGCGUUCACAUUGCUGAAUCGAAAAACAAUGACCACGCAUAUAAUACUGUUGUAGAUAUGCCAGCAGCAGCACCAACACUUGGCGUUCAAAUGCCGAGUGUUGUUGCUGAUUAUGUUGGAGCUGAAGAAGAAUCUGGUGAUUUGAAUGGGGCUGGUGGUCGGGGUAGAGGCCGGGGUGAUGUUCCUGGAAAAGCGUGGCAACAAGAUGGAGAUUGGAUGUGCCCAAAUACAAGUAGUUGUUCCAAUGUGAACUUUGCGUUUCGCGGUGUUUGCAAUCGAUGUGGAACUGCUCGCCCAACAGGAGCUUCUGGAGGUGGCUUCGGGGGUGGUGGACGUGGCCGAGGUCGUGGCCAAGAAUCUGGAGGUCCUGGCCGAUCAGCUGGUGCUGCUGCUCCUGCAGGACUCUUUGGUCCUAAUGAUUGGUCUUGUCCAAUGUGUGGCAAUAUCAACUGGGCAAAGCGUACAAAGUGCAAUAUUUGCAACACAAAUAAACCUGGUCACAAUGAAGGUGGUGUAAGAGGAGGACGUGGGGGAGGUUACAAAGAGCUUGAUGAGGAAGAACUAGAAGAAACUAAACGCCGUCGGCGGGAGGCUGAGGAGGAUGAUGGUGAGAUGUAUGAUGAGUUUGGCUAUCUCAAGAAAAAGUUUCGUGUGAAAACACAGCAAGCUGAUGCUGGAAGGACACUUCCUGGUGCUGGACGUGCUGGUUGGGAAGUGGAGGAACUAGGUGUUGUUGACAGAGAUGGUAGAGAAAGAAGUAGAGACAGAGGAAGAGAACGGGAUGAUAAGGAAAGCGGUAGGAACAGAGAACGAGAUGAUAGAGAUAGGCGUAGGAGUCGCAGCAGAGAACGAGAUAGGGGAAGGGAUCGUGACCGAGAUUAUGAUCGUGACCGAGAUAGAGAGUACGGGCGGGAUAGGGACCGGGACAGAGACAGGGAUCGUGACCGGAGUAGGCACCGCCACUGAAAAGAUAUAGCAUGAAAGCUUCCGAGCAUUAUUUUGAUGUUUGAUUUGGUGGUGGCUUGGAUUCUUGGCAUUCGAUCUGAAACUCGUGUUUUGUUGGGAGCUUUUCCUUUCGAGCUCUCUUAAUUGAAAUGGUGCCUUAUUGGUGUUGAAGAUAAGAUACUUUGUGUAAACUUGGUACACCCCAUGCUUCAAGAACAAAUUAAAUUAAAAUUUUGAAUUGUGAACAUUGUGGCAAAAUGUUUGUGUUCUUGUAGAUCAUAUACUCAAAGCAAAUUGUUGGAACUAAUUUUACUUUUUAUUUCUUA